UAGGCUUCAAUCACAUCACGGAUUCACGGCGAAGAAAAAUAGCUUUCGGUGAUAAUUUUUUAAUGUUAUUUUUUCUAACAAGUUAAAUCAAAUUAACAUUGUUGAUGGUUAAUUGUAUAACACAUACAAUCGGUUUUACUAGUUUCUAACUCUUACACAGUAUAUUUUACGAAUCUAUUUACGUCUUAGAUCAUUUGUUAGUUUUGUAUUCGGAAGCAUCAACAAUGCUUAUCACGUUCAAAAAUUUGCAACAGCAAACAUUCAAACUGGAAAUCGACUCGGAUCAAACGGUAAGACAGUUAAAGGAAAAACUGCAAGCUGAAAAAGGAUCUGAAUAUUUGGCAGAAAAUCAAAAGUUGAUAUAUGCCGGGAAAAUACUUAGUGAUGAUACUAAAAUAAGUGAUUGUAACAUUGACUCAAAAAAAUUUGUGGUGGUUAUGGUUUCAAAAGCAGCUGGUGCUGUUAGUGCUUCUAGUGCCACUACUGCAGGUGCUUCUAGUGCCACAAGCAGUGUUACUAAACCUAGUGCAUCAGUUUCAACAUCUCAGAAACCAGCAGAGAAGUCUCCUGUACCAGUUGAACAACCUAGAGUUGAAGAGCAAUCAACCUCACCAGCGAUAGAAACACCUGCCUCAGAACCAGAAUCUGCGUCUAGUGAUGAAUUUGAAAGAAUGGUUCAAAAUGUUAUGGAUAUGGGAUAUGAAAGGUCACAGGUUGAAAAUGCUCUUAGAGCUAGUUUCAAUAAUCCAGACAGAGCAGUUGAAUAUUUACUUACUGGAAUACCUGAUGAACUUCAAGCUGAUCCAACUAUUAAUCAAUCCAUAAGUAGCAUACUCAGUGAAGACACAGGUAGCUCAACUGGAAGUAGCCAAGUUCCCCAAGCUGAUCCUUUAGCUUUUUUGCGCAACCAGCCAACAUUUCAACAAAUGCGUUCUGUUGUUCAGCAAAAUCCCGAAUUACUAAACUCUGUACUGCAGCAAAUUGGACAAACCAACCCAGCACUGUUGCAAAUGAUAUCUAAUAACCAAGAAGCAUUUGUUCGCAUGUUGAACGAACCAAGUGAAGGUGCUGCUGCGGCACCAGCAGCUGCUGGUAGAGGACCAGUUGGAGGAUAUGAAGUGCCUGUAUCUACACAAGACAAAGAAGCCAUAGAUAGAUUGAAAGCAUUAGGCUUUCCAGAACACCAAGUUGUGCAGGCAUAUUUUGCAUGUGAAAAGAAUGAAAAUAUGGCUGCAAAUUUGUUAUUGACACAAGAACCUGAUGAUUAAAUUACCAUGACUUCAAGACUGAAAGGAUUUGGCUGAAUAAGUACAUAUUAAAAAGAAAACCUGUGUAUUUAACAUAUUUUCUAAGAAAUAGUAAUUAUUUGUUUGGAAAAUUUGCUUCAAAAAGAAAAACAAUUUAUUUAUAAUAUCUUAGAGUUAGAGCAGUCCUUAAAGUUAUUUCUUUUAUUUUGGUUAAUUUUAUUGUGUUAUUCUUUCUGAUGGAAAUAAAAUCAAUUUCUUUAAACAUAAUUUUUUAUUAUAUGUAAUUGAUUUUUUUUCCCAUUAUAGUUUUUAAACGUUUGAAAACUAUUAACAAAUAAAAGUUACUAUACAUUUAA